UAGAUUAAAUCCAAAAGUCGCUGUCUCAGUUACUGACUUAGUCACUACUGACAGUGACAGUACUGAGCUUUGUCUUGGGCUUGAGUUCUUCUUCAAGUUAUUGGCCUUGGCUUGGCAGUGGCAUCUUGAAUCUUCAUGAAUUUCAUGAUCUUGGUCCUUGGUCUUGAAAUUGGUGACACUUGUUACUCACUUGUACUUGCUUGUUGUGAGAAGCUGAUCAAGUAGUUAAAAUGAACACUUUAAAGAACAUUGACAUACCUAAUCAGGAAUGUGACUUCUGUAAAGAGUUAUCAGAGAUGGGUAAGGACUCAAAGUCACCAACGCUUAGCAGACGGGGAGCGAUCAUGUUAGGUGCAUCUGCUGCUGUCUUUGCUGGAAUAACCUCUGUCUUGGUUCCAUUCGUUUUUCCAGGUCUGCGCAGAAUUUCUUUGCCAUUUAUACCAGCAUCAUCUCAUCAGAUAAACAAUGUCAUGAAGGCUUUACGUGGUCGAACUGGAAAAUUAAUUGACAUUGGAAGCGGUGAUGGCCGUAUUACUUUAGCAGCUGCAAGAAACGGAUUUCAAGCUUAUGGUGUGGAGCUCAACAUUUGGCUUGUCCUUUGGUCACGAUGGACAGCAUGGCGGUCAGGACUUCAUAAACAGGCCAAGUUUUUUCGCAAAGAUUUGUGGAAGACUGAUUUGUCUAUCUAUCAGAAUGUUGUCAUCUUUGGUGUGGAGAGUAUGAUGAAACCAUUGGAAGAUAAAUUGGAUCAGGAAAUGCUGCCAGGAACUCAUAUUGUUGCUUGUCGCUUUCCACUGCCAUCCUGGCAACCUGUUCUUGUCUGUGGUGAAGGCAUUGACUCAGUUUGGUUGUAUGUGGUUCCCCAACAGUACUUAAAUAUAGACACUAGAUCUUGAGAAUAAUUAACCUAGUUACCUUAUUGUCUUUCAAUGUUUUCCACAAUAGUCACCAAUCAGUACUUAAUUUGGCAGCAACAGUUUAUAAUUGUUUUCAAAGAUUUGAAGAUUUGUGGAUGAAAUUCAGAAUGGCACAGCUAAAUACUGUAAAGUUCCUGCUAAACAGUCCUUGGUAUGUUUAAAUUUAACAUAUCUGUUAUGUUCUAUGAAAUUUUGAAAAAUACAAUUGAAUGAGAAAUGAUGCUGUUUUUAGUAUCAAGAGUGCAGAAUGAUGAGAUCACUAAAAGUUAAGUUAUAGCUUUUUGAGAUGUAAAGGUCAAUGUUAUGUUAGGUUUUUCCUAUUUUUGUGGCUGAUGAAUAAUAGAAAUUUAAUACAGCUAAUGAAUAAUGGAAUAAUGAAAUGUUGCAACCUAUUACCUUCAAAUGCAGAAUUUAAGGUUGUACACAUAUUAAGUUGGACUUAAAGGCACUAUAAAAUCCAGAAUAUCAAUCUCAGCACUCCAUCACAUCUGGAGUUUAAAUCUCAAGUCUCCACAUAGAUCUGAACUUGAAUUCUUCACUCUCCCUAAAGGGGGAUAAUUUACAAUAAAGCAUUCAAACCAUCCAGUGCUUGGAUUCUGUUAUGGAUAAUACAGUGGAAUUGAGAAACUUUCAACUACAUAGAUCAAGUUCCGCUCAAUUCUAAUUUUCAUCAUAGUUUGCUUUGAUUUCCAUGUUAUAAUUGGAUUUAUAAAAAAUGGUAGAUUUGCGUCAGCUCCUUGCCUGUUCUUGGUGAUUCAAAUAAAAUUAAUACUCUGUAUGGUUCUAUAUCCUUACGUUACUUCUAUUGCAAAAAGUCAAUGUUUAAUUCUUCAAAGUGCUACUAUAGAUCUGGCAGGUUGCUCAUAGUGAUGGACUUCUGACACCUCUCUCUCUCUUCCCUCCUCCCCCUUUACUCUCUUACACCAGACGCACUGUGUUGUAAUCACUAUCACAUGCUAUAUGUGAUGGAUUCAAAAUGGUUUCUGUCACAGCUUUCCUAUUUAUAUAACUCUAUCUACUUAUAACUCGAUAGAAUCUACCUUAGGUCUCGAUAGUCUAGGUGUCUCUGGUUCAGUUCUAGUUAACGAAAUUUCGUUGUAUCGUUGUUCUGCUGAAGACAACUUUCUACUGACGUACAUAACGGGAUGUAGAAUGCCCUGUGAUUCCUGUGAUAGGCAUCCCCCGAUAGCAACAGCAGAGGCAUCAGUAGCUAGUAUAAAUUCCUUCUGACAGUCAGGUAGACACAGGAUCGGUUCUUCAGCAAAUGCCUUCUUUAUCUUCUGCAGCGAUACUUCACAGUCAUGUGACCAUCUGAUCACAUUGGGCGCUCCCUUUCUGGUCAGGUUUGUGAGUGGCUCAGUCAUCUCUGCAAAAUCUGCUAUAAACCUUCAAUAGAAGUUGCAGAGUCCCAAUAAACUACGGACAUGUCUCUUGGUUGUUGGCUGACGAAGAUUCAUAAUCAGUUGUCGCAGUUCAGGUUGUGGUUUCAGUGAGUGUUUUCCAAUUACAUAUCCUAGAAAUGAAAUGUUCUUGCAACCAAUCUCCACUUUAGAUGGUUUCACGGUUAAACCAUUUCUCCUCAAUGUAUCUAGAACCAUUUCUAGAUGUUGUAGGUGAUGUGACCAAGUAAUGUCAUGAAGGCAGAUGUCGUCUAGGUAGCACAGUACAUGGGGUAGAUUAGACAACACCUUUCUCAUCAUUCUGCUGAACGUUGCUGGUGCGUUGACCAGCCCGAAACUCAUGACAUUAAAUUGGAAUAAACCAAAAGGACUACUAAACGCUGUAAGUGGUUUAGCUUUAUCUACCAAAGGUAUCUGCCAAUACCCACGGGUCAGGUCUAGCUUUGUAAAAAUUGUUGCGUCUGCCAUUUGAGGUAACAAGUCUUCAGGAUUGGGUAAUGGUUUCGAAUCAAGCACAGUAAUUUUGUUAAGCUUCCUAUAGUCAACACAUAUUCUUACUGCGCCUGAUUUUUUUCUAACCACCACCAUAGGUGCUGUGUAUGGUGACUCUGUUAGUGAUAUAAUAUCUAAUUUCAGCAUCAAUUGAAUCUCUUCUUCCACUUCCUUCAUAUAUCCUAAAGGUACUGGAUACGGUUUCUGUUUCACUGGUUCAGGGUCUUUGAGAAUGAUGUCGUGUUUAAUUGCUGCAGUUCUCCCUGGUACAUCGGUCAAUAUAUCAUCUUAUCUAGCCAGUACUUCUUUCACUUGCUUCGUUUGCUCUACUGAUAGUGACUCUUCAAUUUUGCAAUCUGUCCAAGUUUCUGAUUGCUUUAAAGUUAAUACAGAUAGUAAUGAACCAGUCAAUUCAUUUUCGUCUUUCUCUGGUUCAUUAACUAUCGCACAACUGGAACGAACUACUUCAUCAGUGUUAGUAUUACUUUCCUGUGACUUUCCACUAAACUCUCUUAACGUGUUGAUGUGAAAUUUGGUAAUCUACUGCAGUUAUUUUCUUGACUACUUGAAAUGGUCCUUGCCACUGAACAAUCAGUUUACUGUCUUUCCUUGGUAGUAGUACAUACACAAGGCUUCCUCCUUGAAGUUUUCUUAGAGUUUUAUUUCUGUUAACAAUGGUUCUGUGUCGUGCUGUGACUCUAAUGCUUGCUUUGCCAGUUGACAUGUUGUUACCACUUUCUCUCUGAGCUCGACGACAUGUUGAUAGCUGGUUCUAGAUUCAUUAUCAAUAUUUUCUUUUGUCAACAAAUCUUUCCCCUUGUAGUGUACAUGGAUUAUUAAUGACGUGUAUGACAGCAUUAUUUGUAUAAAGUUAACAAGGUUUGAGGAGUAUUGUUGAUGGUGUUCAUAUCUAUGUACAUAACGUUUUAAUUUGAAUAAAGUUAACUAUAUAUCUAUCUGCAUUUAGCUUAAAUUAAGUUUAUAAUGUUAUUGGCUGCCUGGUUGUGUGCAAUGCACUUCAGACUGUUGUCACAAUAGUUUGAUCCUAGUCUGCUUCUAUCCCCAGUUGUCCUGCAGGAGGCUUGGCUAGUAUAUAAUCAUUUUCAUCUCUUAAGGAACUUUAUAAAACUUAUCUUUUUUUGUCAGGGUGCUCUUAAACAUGCUAGGCCCCCUGACAUUCUAGUGUAUACUUUCAUGCCUAAUUGUUAAUAAUUGACAAGCUGAUAACAAGUUCAAUAUAACAUUUUAUAUUAUGAAUUAAAUACAUUGUGUGAUGCAAAUAUAUUACAGCAGAUGUAGAAAUUAACAAUGAAUCACUAUAUAGAAAAUACUUUUAACCAUUGAGUGCGCUUGCAAUGGCAUCUUUCACAGGGUAGUACGGCCAAUACGAUCCCCAUUCUUUCAUUAUGCUGUAAUGUCUCAGAUAAACCACAACUAGCGGCAUCUUGCUCCAUUACAAGCCCAAACGUCAGCCCCAUCAAUAGCUCCUUGUAGAGAUGCUAAAGACAAUGUCCUUGCAAUACUUCUUUACAAAACUAUAGCAAGGGAAACAACUGCGAGAUUGUAGCAAAAAUUCACAUAUUUACCCUACAAGAGGAAACAAACUGUCACACCAAAAUGUGCCAAGUAAAAGAAAACCUAACAUCCAUCAUAAUAAGAAAAAGGCCCAACCAAACAAAAAGCAAUGUAGCACAAAGCUUAUGCACACAAACAUAAUUGGUGCAAGAAAAAUACAUGUUAUACACCACCAACAAUGUGUGCAUCAUUUAAUCUGAAUUAUCAAUUAUGUAAGUAAAAUUUAUAUCUAUGUGGUAUUUUGUAUCUCAUGAGAUGAUCUUUAGCCUAGCCAAAUCUCGUGUAUCUCAGUGUGCCAAUGCUUGUCACACAUGCUUGAUAAGUUGUACAUUUAAAAUCACAAGAUUGUGUAAUGUUAUCAGCUUUUCUUUCUUUCUGUUUUAUCUAUGUGCAAACCAUUUACAUUGAAAAAAAGUUAAAAAUGUUUAUAUCUAUGUGCAUGCUAAUUAGUUGGAAAUAGUCUAAUUCAUUAUUUGAAUGAUGUUUGGAUAUUAUUAUUAUUUAGUCUUAUAUUGUUUAAAUGUGUCAUUGAAGCUCUUACUGUCUUAUGGAGGAAUACUGCUAGUGUAGAUAAAAGGGAGGGUUGUUUUAAAACAUAUCUAAAUUUACUCUGCUGUGAAAAUGAGUGGUGAAAGAUACCAAGGAUGGUCUGUUUUUAUCAUGUUCUUCAUCAGGUUUGAAAACAAUAAAUGUCUGCAUUCAAUGAUCACAUAAGUAACUGUUGUAGGCAGACAUAGUUCUGCUGUUAAAGGUUGUUAAAGUAGUGGUACCUGUAAUAGCAAUUCAAGAUAGACAUAACUCUGGCAGCUAUUAAAAAUAGAUACACAGUUUUACAUUUGGAAAGCUUACUAUAAUACAGUAUGACUGCAAUCCUCAAAGUGAGACUUCACUAAGUAAUACUGAAAGAGUUACUGUCCGAGUUUACCUUUUUUUAAAUGUUUACAAUUAGGAAUAAAACUAUUAAGCUGGAAUGUUUUAAAAGACCACUCACUAAAUUCUCUGGUAAAGUUAUAUAGACUGUACAGCGAGAAGGACAGUUUUUUUUUUGUCACAGAACCAAAUGAAAACAAACAUUUCAUAUGUAUUUAUUUCUCACAUGAUUGUUUCUGCUGACUUUUUCUAAUCUUACCUGUUCUAGAAAUGUUUUUUUUUCUUUGAAAAAAAAAACAAAUUGCAUUUCUGCUGUAAACAGUUUCCUCUUCAUGAAAGAAAAAGCAGAAAACAUUUUUUUAAGCUGUAGUGUGUUGUUAAUUUAUUUUGAAAGAUCAAGAUUUCUCAAGGCUAGCACAAGAGUAGAAAGAUUUACCUGCUCUUGAAUUAUUGUCUUACAGUAAUGCUAUCUUUAGACUCAAUUUUUUCUUUCUUCUUAUUCUGGUGGUUUAUAAUGUUUGUUUUAGCUAGUUUGGCAUUUUGUUGUUUGUUUUUUAAAUAUGUUUGUGUGCUGUGUAAAGUGUUCUAAAUGUGUGACUGAGUUGCUAAUGAAAUGGUUCUUUGUUUCUUUAAUCCUACUAUAUGCUGUUUCAUGUAGGAAAGAUUUAACAUCAUUUUUUUGUUUCAAAGAAAAUCUGAAUUAUACUUAGUACUAGCAAUACCUAACUCUCUUAUUCUCUAUCUUGUUAUUAGAGCACAAGAAAAUAUAAACAUUAAAAAGAAAGCUUAUAUUAAGCAUUGUUGUAUCAAUUAGUUUGGAUCUGUCAUGUGAUUAAAUUUGUAAUAGAUCUAGACCAGUGUUUCUCAAACUUUUGAGUAAAGUGUACCUUUUUAUUAUGUUUGUAAUGCUGAGUAGCUACCCCUGGCCUUGUAUCUAGGGUUAGGGUAAACAAUGUAAUAUCAAAUGCAUGCAUAGUUAACACAGGGGCGCCCCAAGGGGCCGUGACAUCGCCAUUGUGGUUCAUUUUGUACACCAGUGAUUUUCAAUCGGAAAGUCCUUUUUGCUCCUUCACAAAAUUCGCUGAUGAUGCGGCUCUUCUUGCCCUGCUCACAGAGAGCUCAGACGUAAAUGAGUAUUUCAGAGAAAUAGAACACAUUGAAAAAUACUGUAAAGAUAAUUUUUUUAUUAUUAAAUGUAAAAAAAAACAACAAAGAAAAGAUAAUCGAUUUUUUCGUAGGGAAAAGAAGGAAAAUGAUAGUUUCUGUAGGUAGAGGGACCCCAUUGAAAUAGUGCAAACUUUUAAAUACCUUGGUACUAUCCUAGACAAUAAACUAAAUUUUACUGCAAAUACUGAUUAUAUCAGCAAAUAAGGACAGCAAAGAUUUCGAGUACUGAGAAAACUGUCCUCGUUUAAUGUUAGUGAAAAGGCCUUGGCUAUGUUUUAUCCACGCUCACAUCUGCAAUAUUUUAAGUUUUAAUUUCACUGCCUGGUAUGGCAAUCUGAGCAAUAAAAAUAGAAUCCAAAAUGCUGCUGGUAAAGUCAUUGGCAAAAAACAAACCUCAUUUGGGCAGCUGUUUGAGACACAUCCAUAAAAAAGCUAAAAAGAUUCUAGAAAUAAAAAAUCAGCCUUUGGGUCAGGAUUUUAUGAUUGUCACAAAAGAGAUGCAAGACACCGAUAGCAAAGACAAACGGACACAAACACUUUUUUGUUGCCCUGGCAAUUAAGUCAUUAAAUAGAAACAAUCUGAUGUAAACUUUUCACAUCUAAAUUAUGAGUGAGUCUGGUGUGAAUGUACAUUUGUUUUUUAAUUAGUUUUUUUCUAGUUACAAUGUUUUGUUUGGUUUAAUCCACAAAUUGUAAGACAAAUUUCCUUACAGACAAUAAAGAUUAUAAAUGGAUAUAAAACAGCCUAGUUAAUGAGGUGCAACUCGUACCCUCCCAAAGUCUUCCCGUACCCCUGGAGGUACACGUAACCCACUUUUGGAAACACUGAUCUAGACUAACAAUAAUAAGCCAAUGCAAUUAGAAAUAUUUUUACCAAUUGUUUCUGUUUAUCUUUAUAUGAAGAGAUUUUUUUUUUAUUCAUAUGCAUUAAGUUGAAAAGACACUUUUUCUUUAGGUACUGGCACACUUACCGGUAGGCCUAUUAUAGUUUUGGAAGAUUUGUAAUCAGACGAAGUGCAGAAUUAUUCCCCUUAAUCAGCUCUAGCUUCUUUGACAUAUAAUAUAUCUUUGUAAUAUU